CAGAGGACUUCCCUGAAAAUGUUGAUGAGCGUAUACGACUAUAUAAAGACACUAUUUUACGCCCUGUGGAGGAUCUAAUGAUUGAUCAUGACCCUCAAUAUCUAAUAGAACUUAAUGGAAAUAAGAAAUCUCAAGAAUUAUUUGUGUCAGUGUUGGCUCGUCUUGACAAUUUGGGUCUGCGUCAUGGAGCUGUGGUGAUGAAACUCUACAACCCUGAAGAAGAGGAGUCAAUAGAAGGACUGGAUGGUGAUGAGCUUCUGCGGACAAUUUCAGGUUACCAUAUAAUUGCUCCAAGAUAUAGGUGGCGUAGAAGCAGA